AUGGUGCUUUUACCCAGAGCUAUGCGAGACCCCGCAGUACUGGCAAGAGCAGUGACGUAUGAUAGGCCUGAGUUUCUGUGCCAAGCUCUGGAUGCCCCAGCCAAUCCAAAAUGGGCCAUUGCGGACCGUGAGCUGAGCGCCCACGUUCACGAGGCCUUGUUGAAGGGCAGCUUUCGCGCGGCCAACGCCCUCUUAGAUAUAGGAGCCCGGGUUCUGUGUGGGACCUUCUUGCCUCGUCGCUCGUUGUGCGAGGGAGCAAACGUCGACCCCGGCUCCCCGGACUUUUCCUGCUGCUAUCUCGGCUCCCUAGCGCUGGCGGCAAGAAGCGGAUAUCACAUGAAGUUCUGGUACAAGCCAAGCGCUCAAUACUCGUCCGAGCGGGAGUUUUGGAAGUGGAAGAAACGGGCAAUGGAAAAGAUCGUACAGCAGCUCCGCGACAUAUUAGUUCUGGAGGUAGACGGCCAGGGCGGACUGAGUUCGUGGGACUACCAGACAGAGCUGAACCUCGCUCUGAUCGAAGCGGCCAGCUCGCAUGCCCAUUCGAAUGAAGUCAUAGACUUUCUUCUCGAUAACGGGGCCGACGUCAACGCGGAGACCGACUCUUGGGAUGUCGGCCUAGUCUUGUUCAACGCGCUAAAUGAGGGGAGGCCGAGCCUGUUCAAGUCCAAGGUAGAGUAUUUGCUCGACCAGGGAGUGGAUGUGUCGAGGGUCCGAUCAACAGAGGGCGACCAGACGCCGCUCCAGUUUCUUCUCACGAAAUUAUACCGGAGCUGCCAAUACUCGUCCGACAGCUCUACUACCAUUGCUCGGUUUUUUGCGUUGAUGGACGUUUUGGAAGACCUUGGAUGUCUCAAGUGGCCUACCGCUCUUCUCACGUCGGUCGAAUCUGACGAGUUCGACGGCAUAAACGGAUCUGGGGGGCUCGGUUGUGUUGACGAGGCAUUAGCGCUAGAGGCCAGCGCACGGGACGCACGUUCUGGUCUUCUGGAUCCACACGAGCCUGGGGUGAGGGAGCUGCAGAUGAUCUUCUCUGAUCCGGACGUGUCGCUGCAAUCGCUCAAGGAGGCGCUGUGGGACCGUAUCACGUGA